GGAACCGGUUUUUUUAUGGAUCCGAUGACCGAUUCCACAAAUAAUCAAAUUUCGGUUUCCAGAUUUUCCGGAUCCGUUUGGGUCGGGUCUAGACCCGUGUACAUCGUCUACAACACAACAGUUUGCGCACCCGCACGCAGUCAUCAGUCCUCAACCCUCAAAAUGAACCAUAGCUGUACCCUGUUCCUUAUUCCCUCCACUCUUUGCUCCAAUUUCGCACCCAAAUUCAAUGGCCUCAACACCUUCAAGAUUGUCACCAACACAAGGAAAUCAUCCAAAAUAAGCUGCUCUGGCGCCGACAAUUCUCAAAAUCAACAGCAACAACUCAAUCUAUCUGUUCUUCGCUUCACGUUAGGAAUUCCUGGAUUGGAUGAAUCGUAUUUACCCAGAUGGAUUGGCUAUACAUUUGGAUCUCUUCUGAUUUUGAAUCACUUCCUGGGUUCGAAUUCAACCACCGUGACGCCGGCCCAGCUUAGAACGGAGUUACUUGGUCUUUCUUUGGCAGCAUUCUCCGUCAUGCUUCCCUACAUUGGGCAGUUUCUGAAGGGUGCUACUCCAGUGAUUCAAGCAAACAUCCCUGAAGGCGCUGAGCAAAUCUUUGCAAUGUCUCAGCAUAUAUCUGAAACCAUGAAAGAGGAUUUAGCCUGGGGAUCCUACACACUAUUACGUAACACAAACACCAUUUCUGUGCUUAUAUCUAUCCAAGAUGUGAUAUGCGUACGUGGCUAUUGGAACACACCCAAAACCAUGAAUUUAUCAAAAGAACAAGCUGUUGAAUGGUUUAAGGAACAAAUACAACGUAUUGGCCUCUUUAAUUUGACAGAUACCCUUUACUUUCCUCAAAGAUCAGAUUCUGAGCUCUGGGACAUGCUUCCUGAAGAGACACGUUCUGUAUUGGUUUUGCCUGUGCUUAAAGGGAACAACUCUAAAGACGAGGUUACAGGGUUUGUGUUGUUGGCAUCAAGCAUUACUUAUGCAUAUAACGAUAAAGAUAGAGCCUGGAUAUCAGCCAUUGCUAAAAAGUUUUGAGGGAUUGAGGAGAAGUUUUUUUGUAUCUGGGGAGUGUGUUUUGAAAGUGAUUAGUGGAUAAUCAGCUGUAAAAACAAUGUAUAGUAGGAUAUACUUAUUUUAGGUUGAAUGAAAUAAUAAAUAAAAGAGUAUACAAGUAAUGAAGUAAA